GAUGAGCCCAAGAAGAUGACCAGGGAGGACUGCAGGAUAAAGAAGGAGCUGGAGGAGCAGAGAAAGCUGGGAAACGCUCCAGCUGAGGUGGACGAGGAGGGAAAGGACAUUAACCCUCACAUCCCACAGUACAUUUCAUCAGUGCCAUGGUACAUCGACCCGUCUAAAAGGCCCACUUUAAAGCAUCAGAGACCACAGGAAGAAGAAGAAGUGCCGUACUCAAACAUUGGAGAGUGGUAUAAGAGAGGAGUGCAGGAGAAUGCUGUGACCACUAAAUUUCGUAAAGGAGCUUGUGAAAACUGUGGUGCCCUGACGCAUAACAAGAAAGACUGCUUUGAGCGUCCCAGAAAAGUUGGGGCGAGGUUCACGGGCUCAGGAAUAGCUCCAGAUGAACACUCUCAGGUCCAGCUUGAUUUGGACUACGAUGGGAAGAGGGAUCGCUGGAAUGGUUACGACCCCGAAGACCACCAUCGCAUUGUGGAAGAGUACGCCAAAGUAGACCUGGCCAAAAGGACUCUGAAGGCACAGAAAAUUCAGGACGAGUUGGCGUCUGGAAAACUGGACCAAACUCAUGGGGAACAUGACAGCGAAGAUGAGGAUGAAGAUAAAUAUGCAGAUGACAUUGACAUGCCUGGUCAGAACUUUGACUCCAAAAGAAGAAUUACUGUCAGGAAUCUGCGUAUCAGAGAAGACACAGCUAAAUACCUGAGGAAUCUGGAUCCAAACUCCGCCUACUAUGAUCCAAAGACUCGAGCUAUGAGAGAGAACCCGUACUCCAACACUGGCAUGAACCCUGAUGAGGUGGGGUAUGCUGGAGACAACUUUGCUCGCUACAGUGGGGCCACAAUCACCAUGGCUCAAACGCAAUUGUUUGCCUGGGAGGCCUACGAGAGAGGAUCGGAGGUUCAUCUGCAGGCCGACCCCACCAAGCUGGAGCUUCUCCACCUGUCCUUCAAAGACAAAAAAGAGGACUUUAAGGAGCAACAGCGGGAGAGCAUCUUGGAGAAGUAUGGAGGUCAAGAACACUUGGACGCUCCACCACGGGAGCUGCUGUUGGCCCAGACAGAGGACUACGUGGAGUACUCUCGUCACGGCGCUGUCCUGAAAGGACUAGAGAAGGCUGUCGUCCGCUCCAAGUACGAGGAGGACGUGAUAAUCAACAACCACAUGUGUAUUUGGGGCUCUUACUGGAAGGACGGCUACUGGGGCUACAAGUGUUGUCACUCCAUGGUCAAACAGAGUUACUGCACAGGAGAGACUGGAAUUACUGUAGCCCUCGAAGCAGAGGCCAAACACAGAAAGCACAUAGAUGCAAUAAUGCAGAUAGAUGAGAGGAAGAGGCCGUACACCAGCCUGCAGGAAGUGAAGGCGCCCACCGAGGAGGAGCUGGAGGCCUUCCGCAUGAAGCGCUGCCGGUCAGAUGAUCCCAUGGUAUCCUUCCUUGAAAAGUGACCACCUCCCCUCACUGCUGACUCUCCCC